AUGGACCCCAUCGCAAAUGAGUUAUCCGUGUAUCUACUCAGCCGUCUGAAAGACACGCCUCCAGACGGCCGACUCAUCGUUGGCAUCGCCGGCGUGCCCGCGUCUGGCAAGUCUACGCUCGCACAGCUCAUCACCUGCCGAGUCAAUGCAGCGGCCCACACGCUGCCUUCACCCCCACCGAACGCAUCCGCCGCGAGCGCGAUCGCCGCAGCAGUCCAAAGUGUCCCACCGACAGAGCCCGUAGCCGUCUGCGUCGGGCUGGACGGCUGGCACCUGACCCGCGCCCAACUAGACGCGUUUCCUGAUCCCCAGCUCGCGCACGAUCGACGCGGCGCGCAUUGGACGUUCGAUGGGGAGGGGUACGUCGCGUUCGUCCGCGCUCUCAGGCGACCCCUCCAUGCGUCUGCGUCUGCGCCCGACCCGGAGGCUGCUGCCGGGGAACAGACGGUUUACGCACCUUCAUUCGACCAUGCCAAGAAAGACCCCGUCUUCAAUUCCGUAUUCGUAUACCCUCACCAUAGACUCGUGAUCAUAGAGGGCUUGUACACCUUCCUCAACAUCGAGCCCUGGUCAGCCGCGGCUGAGCUGCUGGACGAGCGGUGGUGGGUGGAGAUUGACGAGGAGAAAGCAGAAAAGAGGUUGGUUGCGCGGCACGUCAGGACUGGAGUGGCGAAAGACAUGGAGGAGGCGAUCUGGAGGUCAAGGGAGAAUGACGCGCCGAACGGUCGGUUCAUUCGAGAAAACAUGAUGAAGCCUACGAGAGUGAUUGAAAGUGUAGAAGACCCAUCUAUAGCCGAGAUCAGUGAAUGA